AUGCAGUUAACUGAGAAUGAAGGAGAAGGUUGUGCGACGUUGUCAACGGGGCCUGAGCCCAAAGAGAUGAACGAGAAUGUUAUACAGGGAACUCAGGUGGAAGAGAGACCCUAUCAAUGUAGCCAAUGUAGAAAAAGCUUCAAACACAGGUCAAACCUUUAUCGACACCAAAGAGUUCACACAGGAGAGGCCCCCUAUUUAUGUAUGUGGUGUGGGAAAAGCUAUAAGACCAGCUCAUCCCUUGUUCUGCACGAAAGAAGUCACACGGGAGAGAAGCCCUAUAAAUGUGAGGAAUGUGGAAGAAGCUUCAGUCAUAGAUCAAACCUUGCCUCGCACCAAGUAACCCACACUAAAGAGAAGCCUUAUAAAUGUUCAGAAUGCGGGCAGAGCUUCAGUCAAAAGUGCAACUUGAAAGUACACCAGAGAACCCACACAGGGGAGAGGCCAUACAAAUGCUCAGAAUGUGGCAAGAGUUACCUUACUCAACCCAACCUUACAGUGCAUCAAAGAACCCACACGAAAGAGAAGCCUUAUCAAUGUGAAAAAUGUGGGAAGAUCUUCAAUCAAAAGAGCACUCUGAACGUACACCAGAGAACCCACACAGGGGAGAGGCCAUACAAAUGCUCAGAAUGUGGGCAGAGCUUCAAUCAAAAGAGCACCUUAAAAGUACAUCAGAGAAUCCACUCAGGGGAGAGGCCACACAAAUGCUCAGAAUGUGGCAAGAAUUACAUUACCCGAUCCAACCUUAGACUGCAUCAAAGAAUCCACAUGAAAGAGAAGCCUUACAAAUGCUCAAAAUGUGGGCAGAGCUUCGAUCGUAGCAUAGAUCUCAACGCACACCAGAGAACCCAUGAAGUGGAGAAAACAUACAAAUGCUCAAAAUGCAACAAGGACUUUACUUCUCCGUUUGAUCUCAUUAAACAUAACAGGAUGCACAUUGAAGAAGGACCUCACAAAUGCUCAGAAUGCGGAGAGAGCUUCAGGUGCAGCACCUCCCUUAUGGCACAUCAGAGAAUUCAUAGAGGAGAGGAGCCAGAUUUUGGCCUGAGCCAUGCUUCUGAACCAAGUCUUGUUGAACAUAGUGUAACCCGCCCUGAAAAGAAAUGUUUUGUAUGUUCGAUUUGUUCCAGAACAUUUGGGUGCAGCGGAAGCCUUGGUUUACAUCAACUGAAGCAUAAAUAGGAGACUUCGCAAAGCUUCUCAGGCUGAAUCAAGACCCUUUUUAAAAUCUCCAAUUAAUCAGCACAAGACAAUUCCCACCAAAUAGCCCACAAGUGUGGGGAAAGCUUUUAUGAUAGUGCACUCAUUUCACGUCAGUUUAAUCGGCACAAGACAGCAAUGGAGAGGCAGAGAGAUCUUGCAAAUGCUUCUGUUUCUCCAUUCUUCUACUUCAGUGUAUUACUCCAAUCACUGGUACUUCUUUUUAAAUGCAUGUUUUACUUGGCACUUGCUUCUAUAAGUAUUUUAAUGUGUUUGUUGUAUUCACGAAUAAAUUUUGUAGGUUUUUA